CCAUCAUGUACACGCCUAUUUCUCCAAGAAGCUUCUCUCUCUCUCUCUCUCUCUCUCUCUCUCUUGCUCUGAGUCUGAACUCUUGGUUUACAGGAUAUAUAUUAUAUAUAUAAAGAAGGAAGGCGAGGUGGUGAUGGAUGAGCAUGUGAUUUUAUGAAUUGGAUUCGCUUUCUGUGUAAAAAGCUGAGGAUUCUCUUUGUCUUCUCACUUGGGUUUGUUUCCCAUUUUUAAUAAUUUCAUGGGAAAGGAAGAUCUAAAACCAUUCUAAGACAGAAUUCGUGUCUGAUUUUCCUGGAAAAGUUCCCUGAUUUUGCUGCAACAUUUCUGUUUCUCGCAUCCCCAGAAGCUAAAUUUGUUCUUUUGGGUUUCCUUUGCACUCCGGGUGUUAGGAUUUUGGGUGGUGCAUACCUUAAUAUCACGACCUGUUGGUGUUCCCCUUCUGGUCUUUGCCAAAUCUGUUUUAGACGCUGUAUACUUCUGUAGAUGGAUAAGGACAAAGCCCCAGAUCAUAGCAGUGGUUUACCACCGCCGUCGGGUCGUUUCUCAGGUUUUUCACCAUCUGGAAGUUCUUUUACUGUGAAACCUGAGCCAUCAUCGUCUUCAUUUCCUCCCAUGGCUCCAGCUACUAGUUCAGACCCUAGUCAUUUUGGUCAUGGAUCAGAUUCUAGCAGCUUUAGUCAUGACAUUAGCCGUAUGCCUGAUAACCCACCUAAGAAUUUGGGCCACCGACGUGCUCAUUCAGAGAUUCUCACUCUUCCUGAUGAUAUUAGCUUUGGUAGUGAUCUUGGCGUAGUAGGUGGUGCAGAUGGGCCCUCUUUCUCUGAUGAGAAUGAGGAGGAUUUGUUAUCAAUGUACCUUGAUAUGGAUAAGUUAAAUUCAUCCUGUGCCACAUCUACUGUUCAAUUGGGGGAGUCAUCAACUCCAGCAUCAGGAUCGGUAGUACCACCAGAUGUCAGUGCUGGCCCUAGUGAAAGGCCAAGAGUUAGGCACCAACACAGCCAGUCAAUGGAUGGAUCGACUACUAUCAAGCCGGAGAUGCUCAUAUCAGGUGCAGAGGAGGUGUCUCCAGCUGAUUCUAAGAAAGCCAUGUCUGCUGCAAAGCUUGCUGAACUUGCUCUUAUUGAUCCUAAACGUGCAAAAAGGAUUUGGGCAAAUAGACAAUCAGCUGCAAGGUCAAAGGAAAGGAAAAUGCGGUAUAUAGCUGAACUUGAACGGAAAGUGCAAACACUGCAAACAGAAGCAACAUCGUUGUCUGCUCAAUUGACUCUAUUACAGAGGGAUACAAAUGGUCUGACUGUUGAAAAUAGUGAACUCAAACUGCGGUUGCAAACAAUGGAGCAGCAGGUCCACUUACAAGAUGCAUUAAAUGAUGCAUUGAAAGAAGAAAUUCAGCAUCUGAAGGUAUUGACUGGUCAAGCUAUGCCAAAUGGUGGACCCAUGAUGAACUUUGCAUCUUUUGGAGGGGGCCAGCAGUUCUAUCCCAACAAGCAUGCCAUGCAUACUCUUUUGACCACGCAGCAGUUUCAGCAGCUCCAAAUUCAUUCGCAGAAACAGCAGCAUCAAUUCCAGCAGCAUCAACUGCUUCAGCUUCAGCAGCAACAAUUGCAGCAGCAGCAGCAAGAACAACAGCAGCAGCCAGUUGGAGAUUUGAAAAUGAGGGGAACAAUGCCUUCUCCAAACCAGAAAGAUAAUGCAUCAGAUAUUAACCCUCCUGCAACAAAUGACUGAGAAGUGAUUUUGGCCAUUGUGCAGCCAUCUUGUGCAAGGGACUCCUCUUGUGUAAAAUUGUAGUUGCGGUAUGUUGUCAGAUAGGAUAUCUGGAGUCUGACUCUCCAAAACUCUUAUUUUAUUGAUUUUUUUACUCAGUCUGUUUAGGUGCAUUUGAAUUCUAUUUGUUUUAGGCAGUUCUAUAUUCUAAGUUUAGUUAGAGGCAUUGUUAUAUGAUAUAUUCAGAUGAUAUAGUUUAUGUAGCAUCUUUGAUGUGAUCUUAUAUAAUCUUUGACGGGAUUUGUUCGAA